GAAUAUUAAUUCUUCGCCACGAUCGCCACGGUCGCCAUUGCCACCUGUUACUGCUCCCCCAUCAGCAGCCAGCAAAGCUGAAAUAACCAUUUCGACCUUAGUUUUAAAAGACGAAACAAUUUAUCAAGGAUUUUCUUUUGGCUCAGAGAGCAGAUCAGUUGCUGGCGAGUGCGUUUUUCAGACUGGAAUGGUUGGAUAUCCUGAAUCAUUAACUGAUCCAUCUUAUCGUGGACAAAUUUUGAUUUUGACAUUUCCUCUUAUUGGAAACUAUGGAGUGCCUUCCUUUGAGGAAAUGGACCAGCUCCUCAAAGAUGUUCCAAAAUAUUUUGAAUCAUGUGAAAUACAUGUAGCAGCUUUGAUUGUUGGUCAAUAUUCUGAAAAAUAUUCCCAUUAUUUGGCAAAUUCUUCAUUAUCUGAAUGGCUGAAAGACCAAGAUAUUCCUGCAAUUUAUGGAAUCGAUACUCGAGCUCUCACCAAAAAAAUCAGAACUCAAGGUGUAAUGCUGGGAAAGAUUUUAUUUCCAAAAAAUGUAGUUGGUAAUGCUGCAUUGGGAAUAUCAGUUGAUGGCAUUCAAUCUAACGGAUGUUUGUCUGUUGAUCAAACAUUAUCUACUGAACCAUGGAUGACUGAUUAUCAAGAUAUUCACUGGACUGAUCCGAAUGAAAGGAAUCUUGUAGCAGAAGUUUCUGUUAGAGAACCAAAAACAUAUUUACCCGAUCCAUCAAAGGCUAUCAAAGGUGCUAAUUCCAAAACUUUACGUAUCAUUGCUAUAGAUCUUGGAAUGAAAUAUAAUCAAAUAAGGUGUUUAAUAAAUCGUGGUGUUGAGGUUAAGGUGGUACCUUGGAAUCAUGACUUUCUACAAGAAAAAGACUAUGAUGGACUAUUUAUUAGUAAUGGUCCUGGGGAUCCUUCUAUCGUAACUAUAACAAUUGAACGCCUUAAAGUUGCAUUGAAAGAGGCAAAAACUCCUAUAUUUGGAAUUUGUAUGGGCCAUCAGUUAUUAAGUAUUGCGUCUGGAGCAAAGACUAUUAAAAUGAAAUAUGGAAAUCGUGGCCAUAAUAUUCCUUGUACUGAUAUGAUUUCUGGUAGAUGUUAUAUUACGUCACAAAAUCAUGGUUAUGCUGUGGAUGCAACAACACUUAGUGAAGAUUUUCAAGAAUUAUUUGUUAAUGCAAAUGAUGGGUCAAAUGAAGGCAUUAUUCAUAAAUCAUUACCCAUUUUCUCUGUACAAUUUCAUCCUGAAUCAAAUCCUGGUCCAAAAGAUACCGAAUAUCUUUUUGAUGUUUUCAUUGAAGCUGUUAAACAAGCAAGUUUUACAGGAAAAUUGUCUCCUGUAAAAAUGCCUGGUGGUACUAAAGAAAAUAAUUCAAUGAAUAAUCCUCGUGUUGAGGUUAAGAAAGUAUUGGUUUUAGGAAGCGGUGGUUUGAGUAUCGGGCAAGCAGGCGAAUUUGAUUAUUCGGGAAGUCAGGCAAUAAAAGCUUUGAAAGAAGAAGGAAUAUAUACUAUAUUAAUAAAUCCAAAUAUUGCAACCGUACAAACAUCCAAUUUUCUUGCCGAUAAGGUUUAUUUUUUACCAGUAAACUCUGACUUUGUUCUUAAAGUUAUCAAACAUGAAAGACCCGAUGGGAUUUAUGUGACAUUUGGUGGUCAAACGGCUUUAAAUGUUGGUGUUAAACUUAAAGAUAAAUUUGAAGAGCUUGGAGUAAAAGUAUUGGGAACUCCUAUAAAUACAAUUAUAGCUACUGAAGACCGUGAACUUUUUGCACAAAAAAUGCUUGAAAUAAAUGAAAGAUGUGCAGAAUCUGCAUCAGCAACAAAUAUUCAAAGUGCGUUAGAUGCAGCAGAGAAAAUUGGAUACCCAGUUAUAUGUCGUGCAGCAUAUGCACUUGGGGGUCUGGGAUCAGGGUUUGCAGAAAAUAAACAACAAUUGACAGAAUUAUGUGCAAAAGCUUUUGCCACUUCUCCUCAAGUAUUGAUUGAAAGAUCAAUGAAAGGUUGGAAAGAAAUCGAAUAUGAGGUUGUUAGAGAUUGUCGUAAUAACUGUAUAACUGUUUGCAAUAUGGAGAACUUUGACCCACUUGGAAUUCAUACUGGUGAUUCAAUUGUGGUCGCCCCAUCUCAAACUCUAUCGGAUGAAGACUACAAUAUGUUACGUACAACAGCAAUCAAUGUCAUCCGUCAUCUUGGUGUUAUAGGAGAGUGUAAUAUUCAAUAUGCACUUAAUCCUUUUUCCAAAGAAUAUUGUAUUAUCGAGGUGAAUGCUCGUCUGUCACGUUCCUCAGCUCUUGCCUCAAAAGCUACUGGUUAUCCUUUAGCUUUUGUAGCUGCCAAACUUGGAUUAGGAAUACCUUUGAAUGAAAUAAAUAAUUCUGUAACUAAAGUAACGUGUGCUUGUUUUGAACCGAGUUUAGAUUAUGUGGUGGUUAAAAUACCUCGAUGGGAUUUGAAAAAAUUUACACGUGUUAACAAAUCUUUAAGUUCUUGUAUGAAAUCUGUUGGUGAGGUAAUGAGCAUUGGACGUACCUUUGAAGAAACAAUACAAAAAGCUAUGAGGGCAAUGGAUUAUGGGUUUAUGGGUUUUAGCAAGAACGGUUUGGUUGCAUCUAUUGAUGAGGAACUCAUAAAUCCUUCUGAUUUACGUCUUUUUGCAAUUGCAAAUGCAUUGCAUGAAGGUUACACAGUGGAUCAAAUUUGGGAAUUUACUAAGAUAGACAAAUGGUUUUUGCACAAAUUAAAAAAUAUUGCAGAAUUUGAACAAGAAUUAGCAGCUUACAAUCAUUCCAAUAUUUCACGUGAUAUAAUUUUAACUGCUAAACAAUUGGGAUUUUCUGAUCGUCAGAUUGCAAACAUCAUUAGUUGUAGUGAGCUUGCCAUUAGAAGUCUAAGAAAAGGGCAUGGAAUAAUUCCUUUUGUUAAGCAGAUUGACACAGUUGCUGCUGAAUUUCCAGCAAAGACAAAUUACCUUUAUGUUACCUAUAAUGCUAUCGAAAAUGAUAUUAGUUUUGAAGAAAAAGGAGUCAUGGUACUUGGUUCUGGUGUUUAUCGUAUAGGUAGUUCUGUUGAAUUUGAUUGGUGCGCUGUACGAGCAAUUCGUACUCUCCGUGAAAACAACUUCAAAACAAUUAUGGUCAACUAUAAUCCGGAAACUGUCAGCACUGACUAUGAUGAAGCAGACAGGCUAUAUUUUGAAAACAUUACUUUUGAACGUGUAUUAGAUAUUUAUGAGAUUGAAAGUUCAUGCGGUGUUAUCAUUUCUAUGGGAGGGCAGAUUCCAAACAAUAUUGCACUUCAUUUACAUCGUCAAAACGUAACAAUUUUUGGAACCUCACCUGAAAUGAUUGAUCGUGCAGAAAAUAGAUAUAAAUUUUCUCGUAUGUUAGAUCAAAUUGGAGUUGACCAACCUGGAUGGAAAGAAUUGACAAAUGAUGAAGACGCGCAAAUUUUUUGCAAGAAUGUUAGUUUUCCAGUUUUGGUACGGCCUUCAUAUGUUUUAUCUGGUGCAGCUAUGAAUGUAGUAUAUUCUUCAGAUGACCUUUCAAAUUAUCUUAAUCAAGCAACAGCCGUGUCCAGAGAACAUCCUGUUGUAAUUUCCAAGUAUAUUGAAGAAGCAAAAGAAAUCGAAGUGGAUGCAAUUGCACACGAAGGAACAGUUAUAAUGCAUGUAAUUUCAGAACAUGUUGAAAAUGCAGGUGUACAUUCGGGAGAUGCCACACUUGUUUUGCCACCUCAAGAUCUUGAUCCAGAAACUGUAGAGAAAAUUGAAGAGGCCACAAGAAUGAUUAGUGAUGCACUUAAUGUAACAGGCCCAUUUAAUAUACAGUUUAUUGCAAAGAAUAAUGAUAUAAAAGUUAUAGAAUGUAAUAUUCGUGCAUCUAGAUCAUUUCCAUUUGCGUCAAAAGUUAUGGGAAUUGAUUUGAUUGAAAUGGCAACAUUAGUAAUGUUGGGAAUCAAUGUGGAACCACACCCAGAGUUCCAUUUGCCAGAAAAUUAUGUAGCUGUAAAGGUGCCCCAAUUUAGUUUUAGCCGUUUAUCAGGCGCAGACCCAAUCCUUGGUGUUGAAAUGGCAUCAACUGGCGAGGUUGCAUGUUUUGGUCAUGACAAAUAUGAAGCAUAUCUUAAGGCAUUGAUUUCCACAGGGUUUACAUUACCUAAAAAAAAUAUAUUACUUUCUAUAGGUUCAUAUAAAGAAAAAAAUGAAAUUUUACCAUCAGUACAAAGACUUCAUCAGAUAGGAUUCAAUCUAUUUGCAACUUCUGGUACUUUUGAUUUUAUGCAAGAACAUGGAAUACCUGUAAAGUAUUUAGAGACUUUCGAUACAUCUGAGGAUGAAUCAAAGUCAGAAUAUUCACUUCAGCAAUACUUGGCAAACAAUUUGCUAGACCUAUAUAUUAACUUACCAUCCAAAAACAAAUAUCGUCGACCAGCUAGUUAUAUGAGUAAAGGUUACCUUACCCGAAGGAUGGCGGUAGAUUUUGACAUUCCAUUAAUAACCAACGUGAAAUGUGCUAAAUUGUUUAUUGAGGCUAUAUCUCGUAAAACAGAUUUUGAAAUUUUAGACAUUGACUUUAAAACUAAAAGACAAACAACACUAGGACUGAUAAACACUACUACAAUAGUCCCACAUGUUUUGGAAACCAAAAAUAAAGAUUUUACUAAAGUCACAAAAACCUCUUUAUCAACUGGACUUAAAGUCAAACCAUCUGUUGUUAAAGAAUCAUUAAUCAAAAAAGAAACAACAAGAAUUCAAACACAAACACAGCAUCAUACUUCCGGCAAUGUUUCUGAACUGAUUUCACCAUCAUCACUUUCUCCAAAAGAGAAUUUAUUAAUAUUUUCACCGCCAGAAAUUACACUUGAUAUUACACAUUCUAUUUUACCUUCACAUAUUAUUUCUGCCAAACCAUUUUCCCGCAAUGAUCUCCAUUUGUUAUUUGGAAUUGCUAAUGAAAUGCGUACAUUAGUUGAACGUUAUGGUUCAAUAAAUCUUUUACAAGGUCGAAUAAUGUUUACAUUAUUUUAUGAACCAUCUACAAGGACUUCUGCUUCUUUUGAAGCAGCCAUGUAUAGAUUAGGUGGAAAGGUGGUUGCAAUUAAGACUGAUAGUUCAUCAAUUGCUAAAGGUGAAUCUCUUCCAGACACUAUUAGAACUGUUGGAUCUUAUGGGGACAUCAUAAUUUUACGACAUCCAGAACCAGGAAGCGCUAAAACUGCAGCAAAAUAUUCUCAAGUCCCAAUUAUAAAUGCUGGUGAUGGUACUGGCGAGCAUCCUACACAAGCAUUCCUCGACGUUUAUACAAUACGUGAAGAAUUAGGCACUGUAAAUGGGUUGACAAUAACUUUAGUUGGUGACUUAAAGAACGGACGUACAGUACAUAGUUUAGUUCGAAUAUUGGCACAAUAUCAUGUUAAACUUAAUUAUGUUAGUCCAAAUUCAUUAUGUAUGCCAACUCAAAUCAAAAAUGAAAUACGUAAAAUUAGCAAUAUACAACAAAACGAAUAUACAGAUUUGGAUGAUAUAAUUGCCGAUACAGAUGUACUUUAUGUGACAAGAAUACAGCGUGAGCGAUUUUCGGAUGCUGCAGAAUAUGAAAAAAUCAAAGAUGCUUAUGUGAUAAAUAAUUCUACGUUAAGAAAAUGUAAAUUCCAAAUGAUUAUAAUGCAUCCACUUCCAAGAAUAAACGAAAUUGAUCCAGAAGUAGAUUUUGAUGAACGAGCAGCUUAUUUCCGACAAAUGAGAUAUGGAAUGUUUGUAAGAAUGGCCUUAUUAGCUUUGGUUUUAGGAAAGACUAUAUAG